CAGUUGAAGGCGGGAGGAGAAAGAGAGCUGUUGUUCUCUCGACGAGCUCAUGAUAUCGCAAGUUUUCAUAACUGGCUAUUAUAUUUCGUUUCGACAUGGCAACCUUACAUUCCGUAACGCGCGCUUAAGCUGAUUUCACAUCGGUCAUAUCAAUUGUGCAUCGCAGUGUAUCUUCCCCUUUCACACGAACCAGAUAGAAAUAUCAAAUCGCGAGUUAUUAUUUUUCACUCAAAAAGUGAAAAUGAUCGCUGAAAAGUAGUGUGUUCACGUGGCGCCUAUUUAUAAUCCACUCUUAUUUUAAAUGCCGACGAUCGACUUGACUUAAGAUCUGACACGUGAUUUUCCUCCUAUUUCAAUAAACAUAAUUGAAAACCAAGUGUUCGUCUUGGAGAUCUCUGUGGACAGCAACAUCUCGUGACUUCGCUGUGAAACGAACUUUAGGAUAUGAUAAACUGCGGCGAUUUUUUUUGUGCAUCCGGUCGUGAUUAUAUCUGACAAUGAAUUUUAAUCUAAUAAGAGAUGAUGUCCGGUGAUAAUGUGAUACGAAUCGUUUACAUAAUGUCAGUCUGAUAAUAUAACAUGAUGAUGAUACACCGUUACUUUGAGACUCAGUCUGAUUCAGCACAAUCAGUCGGCAUGAAACAUCUGUCAAUGAAGUCACAUAUUCAAUGUUGAGUGUGCGUUGUGUGUGUUCAAUAGCGGAAGAACCGGUUUUAGUCAACAUUGUUCCAUUAAAUCAGCGAGUUUGUAUUUUUCUUUUAGCUCUAGCUCAAUAUAGCUUAAUAUAUACAAUAUAGAGAAAAAAGAUUCUCUAUUAAUCAUUUUGAUAUCUUCAUCACAUUUUGUGGUUUGCAAGAAUUAAUUGCUGUUAAUGCUCGAUGUCGAACCAGUCUACCGGAAAUUUGCUUAUCAUUCAUUUUUAUGACAAACUUGCGUGCGGAAUAGUCACAAGAACACGUGUAAUUUUUCUACAUAACCAAAAGUGAAUAGAUUAUUGGACGAAAGCAGAACGAUUUUCGAAUAUAAAAGUGAGUAAAAGUGUCGAAUGAGAUCGCAAGCAGAUCGGCUUAUUUUCUCCUUUCCUUUGCUUGCAUUUUUUCUCGUCAAAAGUGGAUUACUUUGCACGCGCAGAUUUCAAAAGUAUUUCGCCAGUGAGAUAUGAGAUUCGUGUCAUUCUUGCUAAUUUUGUGAUAUCAAGAUCUCAAUCGAAGAACAGAUGAUGGCCAAGUGGUAUGAGAAAGAUAAGUGCGGCAAGUAUGCAGUGCGGAGAUUGCCGAUUCUUGACUGGCUGCCACGAUACAAACCCACGUGGCUCUUGCACGAUGCAUUGGCCGGUAUUACGGUCGGUCUCACUGCUGUGCCUCAAGGCAUCGCUUACGGUAUCGUCGCUGGUUUAAGUCCUGAGUAUGGACUGUACGCAGCAUUUAUGGCGUCAUUCAUAUAUAUCAUUUUUGGUUCAUGUGAAAACAUCACUAUUGGUCCAACAGCCAUUAUGGCCACUAUGGUUCAACCCUUGGUCGCAAAAUAUGGUGCUGACAUGGCUAUAUUAAUUGCCUUUUUGAAAGGAUGUAUCAUCGCUGUUUUAGGAAUUUUUCAUUUAGGUUUUUUACUGGACUUUAUAUCGCUUCCGGUAAUUACUGGUUUUACGUCAGCUGCUGCAAUCAAUAUAGCAUCUUCCCAGUUUAAGUCACUUCUAGGCAUUCCUGGCAGAACUGAAAGUUUUCUGGAUUCUUUAAUAGCAAUCUUUAAGAAUCUCAACCAGAUAAAAUAUCAAGACACGUUGUUGGGAAUUGGUACAAUUGCUGUGUUAGUUUUGCUUAAGAAUAUACCAGGAAAACGUACGGGAACAAUCUUUCAAAAGAUAGGGUGGCUUCUCGCUCUGUCUCGCAAUGCAUUGGUCGUAGUCAUAGGAACUGUUAUGGCAUACAUUUUUUAUAUUAACGGGCAGAAUCCAUUCAAAUUAACGGACACGAUGGGUCAGGGUUUGCCACCAUUCGCGCUUCCACCAUUUUCCACAAUCUUUAAAAAUGAAACGUACAAUUUUGUGGAAAUGACUACGGCAAUGGGAACGACAUUGGUCACGAUACCGAUCGUAUCGAUCAUCGAACACAUAGCCAUCGCGAAAGCCUUCGCAAAGGGUAAAUCUUUGGACGCCACGCAGGAGAUGAUCGCUCUAGGAGUCUGUAAUAUUUUCGGAUCCUUCGUUCGUUCGAUGCCAGUUACGGGAUCAUUCACGCGAACGGCUGUCAAUCAUGCAUCAGGCGUUAAAACUCCAUUAGGAGGAAUAUUUACAGGUAGUUUGGUGUUGCUCGCAGUUGGUCUCUUGACCUCUACUUUUCGUUUCAUACCAAAGGCAACGCUGGCCGGGCUCAUCAUAUGCGCCAUGUACUACAUGCUCGAUUUUUCGACGUACGCCUUGUUGUGGCGUGCCAGAAAGAUCGAUUUCUUUGUGAUGCUGUUGACGUUGGUCCCAUGCGUCUUUCUUGGUUUGGAAUACGGUAUUUUAAUUGGCAUUGUUGUCAAUCUUAUAGCAUUGUUAUAUUUCUCAGCGCGGCCUUCCGUUCAAACGAAAAUUGAACAGAUCGAAGGGGAAACUGUAAUAGUCGUUAUACCCGAAGAAGCACUAACUUUUCCAGCGGCAGAACGUCUGCGUGCUAAUAUAAUGAAACUUUCCGGGGAAAGCGAAUGCAAUGUGAUACUUGAUUGCAAAAAUCUAAAGAGGAUCGAUGUUACAGUUGCUAAGAACAUGAAGCUUCUGGGAAAGGAUCUUUCAAUACGUGGACAAACAAUUAUCUGCAGUAAUUGCUGCGAGAACGUAAACGCCACACUGAGAGUCGUAGCACCAGAGCUAUUGAAAGUCAAGGAAGAUAGAGGUAAUCAUAUUUGAGGAUCAUUUGUCUCACACGUUCAUAAACACGAAUGCGACUGGAUUUAGAUAAUUUUAGACUUUUUACUAAAUACAAAAGUGUAAUUGCGGAUGCUGAAUCAAAUAUCGUUCCUUCCUUAAAAACAAUGAAGUUCGCGAUUCGUUAAAUUUGUUGCGGCGCACAUAUAUUAUUUAUGUAUUUAAAAUAAAACAAAUGUAUGACGUACAA